AUGUCAGAUCCAUCUCCCGGGGCGAUUAACGCUAAUAUAUUUGGGGCCUUCGGAGCCGUUUUGGGAUAUAUAGGGGCUGAAGCGGCAACGCCUGUUACGUUUGAACGCCUGUUAUGGCCUCAACGUAACUUUUCUAAUUUCAAGUGGGGGUCCAUCGUGACCAUGGCAUUAUUCAUGCCAAUGGGGGGGCCGACACACAAGGUUGCCUUAUCAGUCCUGGACAAAAUGUUCUUACACGGAUUAUUCAAAGGGCCUGGUCUCGGACACAUGUUAGGCACCUCGUUCUUCCCCGAACAGCACUGGAUGUAUACGAUGCAUGGGGAUAGUGGCGAGCAUAAAGCCCACACGGAACCAUUACGAAAUUGUAUAUGGGCUAGGGCUUUAAGCCAGAUUCCGAUGCUAGAGAUUGAGAAUCCGAAGACGUCUACGUCGCCAGGACAGAUCGAAAAAGGCAACAUCCCCAACACGCAAGUCUUGCGGGCCCGGGUAGCUGUUAACCAUCUCAGAAUUUCUGGUGCGCUACAGGGCGACCGACAUUCGGACCUCCCGUUUGUUUGGGAGGAUACAAAAAGUCCAUGUCCAAAAGUCUUUCUCGCUAUCAUAACUACAGAGAUGACGGGUAUCAUACUUGCGCUUUGCGUGUCCGUCAUAUAUCACUCACCUUGGGCUUUGCUAUGGCUCUUACCUCUUUUUCUCCGCCUCGUCAGUGCAUUUUUUGCGAUCCAUCGUGAACAGCUAUUGUCGACUCAUUCAUCAGCCAGUGACGAUCCACCUUGUGACUUCGUGAUACACUGCCCGCAGUCGGAAGGCAACUUCAUGUUGAUCUCGGGGCCUCCUGCCCUAGUGCUACAGUUCUUCCGCCACUAUGGGCACCCAGAACGACAACGCAUGCGUGAAGUCGUGCAAAUACUUUGUAUUAUACUCUUCGCAUGCGAAUUCCCAAUAGCACUACUAUCCUCUAUGAUUUGGAUGCCCGUCGAAAUACAAUACAUCUGGCUCACCCACCAACUUUAUGUGGUAAUUGUGAUACAUAUUUCGCGGUAUCUUUAUAUCGGACAGUCGGCCACAACUGAAGCGAAGAUUGCGCAGGCAUUUACUAAGCAGGUUAAAGGAAAGCAAACAUAUCCCACCGUAAGAGAGGCGUCGAUUUUAUUCGGCCACGAACGCCAUGGGUCACAGACUCUGAAGGUUGAUUUGAUGGUCACUUAUCAUCAACGUAACAAGGAGGGUAGGGAGAGGUUGGAAGAACUACUAAGACUUGGUAAAUAG